AUGCCGCGACCCGGCCAAGACGCGUUAGAAUGGAAAGAGACGCUGUUUGACCUCGUGCCCCAAUGGACGAGAGACCCUUCGAUCGCGGUGAUUGAAAGUGUGUGUCGCCAGCAGUUGCACAUUUCCCCUAAGGGUUCAUGCUCCGUCACCUUUCACGCAUCAGGAUUGUUCAACAAACUCUACCUUGUCAAAUGUACCGGAGGCCCUCUCAUCAUGCGUGUCUCGCUGCCCGUCUAUCCGCGACACAAGACGCGUGCCGAAAUUGGGUAUGAGUGGAUCUUGGUGGAGUUUAUGGCCGGUACACCGGCCCACAGGCGGUGGCGAACCAUGCCAAUGGACCAAAAGGCCGCGCUCACGAAACGCAUCGCGGCAUUCCAGAUGGAGUUGGCCGGAAUUGGGUUGGCUGGGAAGGCAGCGUCCGGAUUCAGGGGCAUAGGAACAUUGGUUUUGCGGGAUGCCGGUCAAAACAACAACAUGGAAGAGACGGCAAUGGCCGUUCCUGGCCUCGGGGUGUCACCUGCGUUCUUCGUGGGCGAUCGCCUUCGUUACGCCGUCCCGCGGGGCCCCUUCCGCUCAAGCCAUGACUGGUUAAGCGCGGAGCUGACUAUCGUCAUCCUACAUCAAACAGCACUUCUUGAGAAGGCAGAGGAUGAAGACGACAAAGAAGACGUCGAAGAGAUCAUCUCCGCCGCGCGAAAGCUUCUCUCUCUUCUUCCCAAGAUAUUCCCCCCGACAUUGGACCGACCGGAAAUCACAGGACUUUACCACCAUGAUCUCCACCUAAACAACAUCUUGGUGGACGAACAGGGUGGAAUUACGGCUGUUCUAGAUUGGGAAUGCGUUUCGGCGCUGCCUCUCUGGAUGCUGACCCAGGUUCCCAAAUUCAUUGACGGACCACUUCGGGAAGAGGAGCCGCAGCGGGAUUCGUACGCGGAUGAAACUCCCGAGGAAGCUGCUGCCGCGGCGGAAGAACGCAACAACCCCGAUUACUUGGACAAUGAAGGGAAGAAUGAGUUGUAUUUCAUCCACAAGAUGGAGUACGAGGUAACACAGCUGCGAAAAACCUACGAGGCCAGGUUGAGGGAACUGUGGCCGGAGCGUCCCCUUGAAGAAAGCAGUGUGAAGAAUGACUUCUUUCAGGCGGUCUCACAAUGUGAUGGGAUAUGGGUAAAGGAGACGCGUAGGUGGGCUGAUUGUUUGGAAAGGGGUGAGACUGUUCGAUUUGAAGACGCCUAG